AUGAACCUUAAAAUUCCUUCUAAUCAUAUACUUCAUACUGACACUAAUUGCAAUAUAUCUCCACCUCAAUAUGAUUUUACGAAAAAAUAAGAUCUGUAACUUUAGCAAAUAACACCCUCAUAUUUAUUUGCAAAUCAUUCAUUUUAACCAACUCUUAAAAUAUUGGUUCCUCAAAAAGAAUCAAUUUUUGGUCAUAGAAAAGAAACUUUUAUAAAUUCAAGUUAUCGUGAUUAUUCUCAAAGAGAAUUAUAUGGAAGCUUAUAAAAAUAUAAAAUAGAAAAACAAGAUGAUGGUCUAGCUCAUUUUCGUGGAAGAAUAAAAUCAAUAAAGCAGCAUCAAUCGCCUUACAAAAUAAAUUAAUAAUCGCCUACAUCCAUUUAAAAUAUUGAGAGCAAAAAGAAAAUCCUUGAUCACGUAAUUGAUGAUGUUAGGUUGAAUAAUAUCAAAUUGAAAAAGCUCGAGAAAUCUCCUUAAGGAUAAAACUGUCCUGUGCACAACUUUUACUACCUCAAAAAUAUGAAAUAACUCUAACCUUUCUAAAUAGAAAAGUCUGUAAAAGAUUUAAUGAGGCCAUUCCAUUAAUAAAGAGAGAAUUUACUUUCUCCAAUUUAAACAGAACGAAGUUUGAUAUAUCCUUAAAGACCUUAAAUNUUUAUAGAUUAUUAGCAUUCUUAAUUAGAAUAUAUAAUAUGUAGAGUUUGA